UCUCGACAUGUCGUGGCAGGCGAAAGACCCUUGCUGCUCGGCAUACUUCGAAUUAAAUCGCUAACGAUGCGAUCCUCAAUCCUUACCGUGGUGUUUGCUACUGCUUCCGCGGCGGCGGAGCUUGACUGGGCAGCAGCUUACGAAAAGUCCAAUGCUUCUCUGGCAAAGCUGUCUCAGAAUGACAAGAUCAACAUUGUCACCGGAGUUGGCUGGAAUAAAGGACCCUGCGUUGGAAAUACGGCGGCAGCGAGUUCCAUCAACUACCCCCAACUAUGUCUGCAAGAUGGACCACUGGGUAUCCGUUUCGCCACGAACGCCAAUGCUUUCGUUCCUGGUAUCCAUGUCGCGUCGACCUGGGAUCGUGCUCUUAUGAGGGAGCGUGGACAGUUCAUGGCCGAAGAGACGAAAGGCGCCGGUAUUCACGUUCUUCUAGGACCCGUCGCAGGUCCUCUAGGUAAAAAUCCUGCGGGUGGCAGAAAUUGGGAGGGCUUCGGCGCCGAUCCGUACCUACAAGGCAUCGCCAUGGCAGAGACGAUCGAGGGUAUGCAGAGUGUCGGGGUCCAGGCCAAUGCGAAACAUUAUAUUCUCAACGAACAGGAACUCAACCGCGAAACUAUGAGCUCGAACUUAGACGACCGUACAAUGCAUGAGAUUUAUCUUUGGCCUUUCGCUGAUGCCGUACACGCAAAUGUAGCGUCCGUCAUGUGCUCAUACAACAAGGUCAAUAGCACCUGGACCUGUGAAAACCCGUAUGUCCUAGACACAAUCCUAAAGAAAGAGCUUGGCUUCCAAGGCUACGUGAUGACAGACUGGAAUGCGCAGCAUUCUACCGCCCCGGCCGCGACGUCGGGAUUGGAUAUGACUAUGCCCGGCUCGGAUUUCAACGGCGGGUCUAUUUACUGGGGCUCAAAGUUGACUCAGGCCGUGAGCAGCGGACAGGUGCCACAAUCGCGUCUCGAUGAUAUGGUCCGAAGGAUCUUAGCAGCGUGGUAUUUGCUCGGUCAGGAUAGCGGAUAUCCGACGACCAAUCUCAAUGCCAAUGUUCAGGGAACCCACAAGACCAACAUUCGUGCUACUGCGAGAGAUGGGAUCGUCUUACUAAAGAACGAAGGAAACAUUCUUCCUCUCAAGAAACCCGCGAAGCUUGGAUUGGUCGGCUCGGCGGCCGUUGUGAACCCACAAGGUAUGAAUUCUUGUACUGAUCAAGGAUGUAAUACCGGUGCUCUUGGCAUGGGAUGGGGUUCGGGCACCGCAUCGUACCCCUAUUUCAGCGCUCCCGCCGACGCCAUCAAGACGCGAGCUCAAGCCGACGGCACCCAGAUUAGCUUAUCUUCUUCCGAUAGCACGAGUUCUGUUGGCUCGACAGUCAGUGGCGCUGAUGCAGCGAUCGUAUUUAUUACUUCCGACAGCGGCGAAGGGUAUAUCACGGUGGAAAACAAUGCGGGAGAUCGCAAUAACCUCGACCCGUGGCAUAACGGGAAUGAUCUCGUCAAGGCGGUUGCAGCGGCGAACGAUAAUGUGAUCGUAGUCGUGCACGCCGUCGGCCCCGUCAUCCUCGAGACGGUCCUUGCUCAGCCUAAUGUUAAGGCGAUCGUUUGGGCCGGUCUUCCCUCUCAGGAGAAUGGGAAUGCCUUAGUAGAUAUCCUCUACGGAGAUACCAGCCCUUCAGGAAAACUACCUUACACAAUUGCUAAAUCAGCUAACGACUAUGGCACGAGUGUCGUAAGAGGCAACGACGAUUUUAAGGAAGGUCUGUUCAUCGACUACCGCAAGUUCGAUCAAGAGGGUAUCGAGCCUCGGUACGAGUUCGGAUAUGGAAUAUCAUACACCAAUUUUACUUAUUCGGACAUCUUUGUCGACGGACGACCGACAUCUGGUCCUGCGACGGGGGCCAUCAUCCCGGGGGGUGCUGCUGAUCUCUGGGAGACUGUGCUCACGGUCACCGUAACUAUCACCAACUCAGGUGAAGUCAAAGGUGCUGAAGUAGCGCAAUUAUAUGUAGGUUUCCCUGAGUCUGCAGGGACGCCGCCGAAGCAGCUACGCGGAUUCGAGAAGUUGGCAUUGGAAGCUGGCGCCAAGGACAACGUAGCCUUCGAACUUAAAAGACGAGAUAUUAGUAUUUGGGACACAGCAAAGCAAAGUUGGGUCGUCCCUGCGGGAACAUUCAACAUUAGCGUCGGUUCGAGCAGCCGCGAUAUUCGCCAGACAGGCACUCUUGAAGUGCCUUAAAAUGAGGGUAUAUAACAAAACCCGCUGUAUAUAGUUCUUCCAUCCCACGAACGCAGAAAUUCAU